AUGGACGCGCGUGUAUUAGUUUUGUAUCAUCGCGCAAGCGGGUGGAACCUAGCAUUCGCAGUAGAUCGCGGUCUUCCUUCGACGCUGCUGCUGACGCUGCAAGCCGUGCGCGACCACCUCUCCGUACUGGGGAAGCCGAUAGAGACCAUCAAGAACGCUAACCACCACCCAACGCUCCGAAUUCUCUACUGGCUGCUCAUAGUCAUCAACAGCUCCAUGGUAGAGUGCCCAGCGUCCAAGGAGUCGUUCGCUGAGGCCGGUAUCGCGGUCUCUCUGAACCGGCUGUGGGCGUGGUGCAUGAUGACUGAGCAGUUGCGGCGCGCGGUGGUUGACCUGUUGUUCAACUUUGCCAAUGAAUGUCCUAAAGCUUGGUCAUCGAUGGCCACGUGCGUGGGUAGCCGCAACCUGAUCACGGAGGUGUGCGCGCUAGCUUGCCGCGAGGCGGCGCUAGCGUCGCGCACGCACACAGACAACCUGCUGCUGCUGUGUACGCACACGCUCAGGCACUGCGUGAGCCAUCACCAGUGUCGCGCUAUCAUUAUAAAGAACGACGUGAUACCAUCCAUCUACAAAUCAAUCGUGCGAGACCGCGGGCGCGGCGGUGGCAACGCGGGUGUGGCCUGGGCUAAGCUGUGUUCCGUCAUCGCCCGCUACCCCGACGGCGCCGGCGCAUUACUGACCCUUAGACCGCUCUUGCCGGCACUGCCGCCGGCUCUGCGGGCUCACCUCAUGCCGGCCCUGGCACACGCCGCUCAUCAUCAUAGGACUACGUUCCUACAGUCGCACGGCGGCGACGCAUUGCUGACCCUUAGGCCGCUCCUGCCGGCACUGCCGCCAGCUCUGCGGGCCCACCUUAUGCCGGCCCUGGCACACGCCGCUCAUCAUCAUAGGACUACGUUCCUACAGUCGCCGGAUCUUCUAGAGUUGCUGUCGGGCACGCUCCUUGCCGGUGACACUGCCGAGGUGGUGUCGGCUGCUCGCGCGGUCUGGACGCUCGCCGCCAACAAUCAUAAGGCCAAGUUGGUGCUUCGCAGCGCGGGCGUGGCGGCGUCCGCGCAGUCAGCGCUGCAGCGGCUGCAGCGAGCGACCGACCCCGCCGCCCGCAGAGCGAGCGAGCUGCUUCUCUACACUACUAGCGUGCUGCGAGUCACGUGAAUACUUGGACUAGUGGGGAAAUGUGGGGAAUUCCAAAAGGGACACACGAGGUUUUGAUAGAGUUGAUUGAAUGUUACGCACAUUCCAUUGUUACGCUUUUAUACAUAGCUAAUUACUGUUUUUCUGCGAUUAUAGUCUGGUCCGUGAGCACGUAGAAUUUUGUCCAAUGACCCCUAGCUACCCAUCCUUAUCGCUCGCGCGUAAUUAUGUUGCUAUCGCGCUCGCACACUCACUGCGGGUGCCAGUCGCACAGUCGCGACAGCAAUAUAAUUACACGCGAGCGAUAAGGAUGGGUAGCUAGGGGUCAUUGGACAAAUUUCUACGUGCUCACGGACCGGGCUUUAGCACUUUUGAUUUAGAAGUUCUGUACAGCUAAAGAAAAAUUGGAGCACCACCUACUGAGUCAGAUGGCAUGCGAGCAGUUGUUCUUUAACGGCAGCGUGCUGCCUGCGAUUCGCAUGAAAACUUGGAAUAAUAUGGAAAUUUAGAAUUUUCUACUGGUGGUGAAGAGAUCCUAA